UUCCCUAUGCUGUGGCUUGGCCAAUAAAUAAUUAAUUAAUAAUAAAGAAAAUAAUGGGAAAAGUAACAAAGAGUAUAAAUUGUUGAAAUGCAAACAAGGAAGAAUUCUGAUGAUGAAGCAAUAGAAGCUGACACUAAUGCAGAAAAGAUAAAAUUUCUGUCAAGUCCAGGGCUGGGACUAAUGUCAGCUAGGCAGGUGACAUGAUUAUAAUUCAUUUUAGAGUUCUUAAAAGAAAAUCUAAAAUUCUGAUUGUAGACAUAGAUCUGGAAAAAGAGAAAGAAAAUGAAAAGCAAGUGAGACUGGUAAAAAAAAUAAAGCAAUUUAAUACAAAGCAAGAAGCAUGAAUGGGAAAUAAUAUAUAGAUUAAAACCAGGUGCUUUCAAAGACUAACAGAGAAAUCUUUAGAGAACUGGAAUAGGGGAUGUUGAGCAGUUGUUUUAUGAGAUGUAAAAGCAUCAAAACAAUGUUGAUGAAGCAAGUUUUAAAGAAACAAACUAUAGGGUCUACUAGAAAACUUGGUGAAUUUAUAUCAAUUGUUUCCAGUAAAUAUUUCAUUAAUGUUCUCAGAGGAAUGGAUUAAAGAUGAAAAAAGUUCAGUAGGGAAGAAGCCAAAAGGCGGAAAGACUGAAAUGAGACCAGUCUCAUGAUGCAAAUAUAUAUAUUAAUAUUGAUUCAAAAUCUGAAUAUAUUAUCAAAAUCUGUCCACUACAUAUUUAGUGUUUAUAACUUAUGACCAAAUGAGGUUUAUUACAGGGAUGCAAGGAUAUCUCAAUAUAACAAAAUCUAAUAAUGUAAAACUUCAUAUUAAGAGAUUAAAGAUAAAAAGCCAUAUAUUUAUUUCAACAGAGCCAUAAUAAAGGUCUUGAGAACAUUCAACACAUUCAAAUCUUUUGGCAAACUGAGAAUUGAAGGAAACAUUCUCAACCUAAUAAAGAUUGUCUGUGAAACACUUAUAGAACUACCCAAAGCAAUCUUCAGAUUCAGUGCAAUUCCUAUUAAAAUCCCAAUGACUUUUUGGUAUCAAUUUUAAAAAUCCAUCCCAGAAUUCACAUAGAGUAUCAAGGGACCUCAAAUAGAACAUUCUCGAAAAGGAAGAACAAAGUUUCCUUCAUUUUUCAUGCUGCCUCCUCGCCUCCAAGCAUUUGUGCUAAGGUUCUGCAACACUACUCCCACCUCUUUCUUGAUCCAGUCAUACCCUUUAGGAUCCAGUUUCAAUCUUGUCCUGGGAAAGUCCUUCCUGACCCCAAGUCGAGACUGGACCCUCUUCCUGUGUAUUCUUCCACUUCUCAGUGUUUCCGACCAUCACAGCAGCCAUCAUACUCUGUUAAAACACUCUGUUUACUAUGCCCUCUCGCAUCCUGUAGGCUUCCUGAGAAGAGAGACUGUGUUCCUCUCUUAGAUGAACACUCUCUAAAGUCAACAUCAGGCAGGCAAAGUAUCAGACACCUAAUAGAAACCCAAUUAAGUGUCUGAUUAUUCCAUAAUUUAAAUACAGGUUUUGAAGUUCAAUACUAAGCCAUUAGGCACAGAAAUUCAAAAUAUAUAGCAUUAUAAUAUAAUGUAGGUAAAGUUUUUAGACUGAUAUUAUUGUCUCUGAAUAUAAAAUAAGAGGUUGAAGAUGUUUGGACGAAGGGCAGAAGCUAUCUUGAUUAAUGGCUCCAGCGUUCAAUAAUGCUGUACUAGCGGCUACUGGGAAGGUCACAUUCAUUUGCACCCUUCUCAUUCAUUCUGCGAAAAAGACUCCUGACUUGAAAGAACUAUUUCUAAGGUAUCUUAGAACUGUAAGAUUCUUCAACGUCCCUUGAAAGUCAUGGAGCAACAAGCCGGAAAAUAACCUGGUUUGUCUGAGAUGCAGAAUUUACUUAGGUCUCUAGGCGUCGCUGUUGACCACCUAAGAAGUAAGCCCGCGAGGCGUCCAAUCCAACUUCACGGCUCCCCUAACACAAAGGGCUGGGCAUUUGGCCCGCAAGCUCCGGGGAGGUACAGAAAUUCAGUCCAGCAGCCUGCUAGUCCUCUCCACAGUGACCUGCCUCCCGUGCGUGCUGGAUACCUCAGACCCUGAGGAUUACAGAUUGGAACCCCGCCCUGGAUGCUGCAAACUGCCCGGGAGAAGAGACUGCAGCUGAAGAAAUGGCGGCUUUGCUGAAAUUGCCACCCCGCAGCCUUGUCCUGCUGUGCCUUCUCGUGGCGGCCCCGUGGGAGGCUGGAGCUGGGCAGAUGCGCUAUUCUGUGCCAGAGGAGGUCGAAAAAGGCUCCUUCGUGGGCAACAUUGCUGAGGACCUGGGGCUGGAGCCCCGCGAGCUGGCCGAGCGCGGAGUCCGCAUCGUCUCCAGAGGUAGGACGCAGCUCUUUGCGCUGAACGCGCGAAGCGGCAGCCUGGUCACCGCGGGCCGCAUAGACCGGGAGGAGCUCUGCGCUCAGAGCGCGCCGUGCCUGGUGAACUUUAACAUCCUCCUAGAAGAUAAAUUGAGUAUUUAUUCAGUAGAGGUGGAAAUAACAGAUAUUAACGAUAAUGCCCCUCGCUUUGGCGUAGAGGAGCUGGAGCUAAAAAUCAGUGAAACGACUACGCCAGGCUUCCGGAUCCCUCUUAAGAGCGCACACGAUGCAGACGUAGGCGAGAACACCCUCCAAAAGUACGAACUGAAUUCAAAUGACCACUUCUCCCUGGACGUGCGAAGUGGAGUGGAUGGGAACAAGUACCCAGAGCUGGUGCUGGAAGGCGCCCUGGACCGCGAGGAAGAGGCUGUUCACCACCUCGUUCUCGUGGCUUUGGACGGGGGCGAUCCUGUCAAAUCCGGCACCUCCCGCAUCCGUGUGGUCGUCCAGGGUAACGACAAUGCACCUGUUUUUACACAGCCCGAGUACCGUGUAAGUGUUCCAGAGAACACACCCGUAGGCACCCGGAUACUCACAGUGACGGCCACUGAUGCAGAUGAGGGAUACAACGCUCAAGUGGCCUAUUUUCUAGAGAAAACUCCUGAAGAAGCCUCAGAGGUAUUUGAGCUUAAGUCUUCCUCUGGAGAAAUAACAAUCACAAAAAGCUUGGAUUAUGAGGAUGCAAAACUCCAUGAAAUUGAUAUUGAAGCUCAGGAUGGUCCAGGCCUUCUUACCAGAACGAAAGUCAUUGUCAUGGUUCUGGACGUGAAUGACAAUGCUCCAGAAUUUUACAUGACAUCUGCUACCAGCUCAGUUCCGGAAGACUCUCCUCCAGGAACAGUAAUUGCGCUUUUCAAUGUCCACGACAGAGACUCUGGGCAGAAUGCAUUUAUCACAUGCUCACUCCCAGAGAACCUUCCUUUCAAAUUAGAAAAGUCAGUGGACAAUUACCACCGGCUGGUUACAGCCAGAGUCCUUGACAGGGAGCAGGUUUCCUCUUACAACAUCACCGUGACUGCUAAAGAUGGAGGGAACCCCUCUCUGUCCACAGAUGCUCACGUUUUGCUGCAGGUGGCAGACAUCAACGACAACCCGCCCACCUUUCUCCAUACAUCCUACUCUGCCUACAUUCCUGAAAACAACCCCAGAGGUGCCUCCAUCUUUUCCAUGACGGCCCAUGACCCCGACAGCGAUGACAAUGCCCAUGUAACGUAUAACGUGGCUGAGGACACCCUUCAGGGGGCACCCCUGUCCUCCUACAUCUCCAUCAACUCCGACACGGGCGUCCUCUAUGCGCUGCGUUCCUUUGACUACGAGCAGUUCCGUGAACUGCAGCUGUGGGUGACAGCACAGGAUGGGGGGAGCCCACCCCUCAGCAGCAAUGUGUCUCUGAGCAUAUUCGUGCUGGACCAGAAUGACAACGCACCUGAGAUUCUGUACCCUGCCCUCCCCACCGAUGGCUCCACGGGUGUAGAGCUGGCACCCCGCUCCGCAGAGCCCGGCUACCUGGUGACCAAGGUGGUGGCGGUGGACAGAGACUCGGGCCAGAACGCCUGGCUGUCCUACCGCCUGCUCAAGGCCAGCGAGCCCGGGCUCUUCGCGGUGGGGCUGCACACGGGCGAGGUGCGCACAGCGCGGGCCCUGCUGGACAGAGACGCCCUCAAGCAGAGCCUGGUGGUGGCAGUCCAGGACCACGGCCAGCCCCCCCUCUCGGCCACCGUCACGCUCACCGUGGCAGUGGCAGACAGCAUCCCUGACGUCCUGGCCGUGGGCAGCUUAAGUCCCACACCCCUGACACUCAGGCUGACAUUGUACCUGGUGGUGGUGGUGGCUGUGGUCUCCUGUGUCUUCCUGGCCUUUGUCAUCGUGCUGCUGGCGCUCAGGCUGAGGCGCUGGCACCUGUCGCGUGUGCUGCAGGCGUCAGGAGGCGGACUGGGUGGCGUGCCCGCGUCCCACUUCGUGGGCGUGGACGGGGUGCGGGCUUUCCUGCAGACCUAUUCUCACGAGGUGUCGCUCACCGCGGACUCGCGGGGGAGCCACGUGAUCUUCCCGCAGCCCAACUAUGCGGACACGCUCAUCAGCCAGGAGAGCUGCGGGAAAAAGGAUUUUCUUUCAGAACCUCAAUUUCUACCUGAAGAUGAAGAAACAUUUUCUCAGGUAAACUUUCUUCGCAAUGUACCUGUGAGCAAUGUUGCUAAAAUAAAGAAAUUUACCUAAUCCCUUAACUCUCCACAGUUUACCAUAUCUCUUCUGUUUCCCGUAUUUCCUUGUGGAUACAUUGCAUUUUUAGAAACAUAGUCCCAGUGAAUUAUUUCUCACUAUUCUAAGUGUUCGCACCAUGUAACAGGGAAGAGGGGCUAGAAUCAUGGUGUAAUGUGUAUAAAUCGGUAUUCGUAGGCGAAGAUGAUAUUUAGAUUAUCACAAGAAUAUUGCCUUAGGAACUGGUUUAUCUGGUUUCUCAUACUUUCUCAUCCUGAGCAAAUCAUCUCAUCCACAUGGAUCAACAAUUGCUUCUUAGAAAUGUCAGGGUUGGUUUUUCUAUGUUUGCUCAAAUAUUUCCCUCUAACAUUUAAGGCCUUUGUAUUUUAUAUGUGUAUAUUUUUGUGAAUAAUGAAAUCCCUUAGUUGGUUAUUUUCUUCUCACUCAAUAUUUUUCUUUCAGCUUGGCGAUGAGAUUCUUCAUCUGUCUUGACUUGCAUGAUUUUCCUAUUAAAACAUGCAAAUUUAGAAAUAUAUAUGCUUUGCCAUGUUUCAGGAAGGUAUAUCAUGGAAUCUCCAUUUAGUUAAAAAAAAA